AUGAUUCGCCGCUCGCCUACGCAGAUUGACAUGACGGAUUUGGACGUACAAGACAUCCGAGAGCACAUCGCCUUAGAGCUUGCGCAGGAAAACCAAGCCAAAGUUAGGGCUGCUGCUGAGGCGAAUGCUGUUGUCUUCGCAGAUGCUGCGGCAGCCGCGUCACGAGCCAUGGAGAAGGAGCGCAGACUCGGUAUCCGUUAUUAUAUCAACUACAUGAAGCAAUGA